AUGUCUCUUACCCUACAUCGCGCCCUACUGGCGGCCGUGCUAGCUACCAGAGUUUUCGGUCAUGGACAUGUCACCAACAUCGUCGUCGACGGCGUCUCAUUCGAAGGCUAUGAUCCGACAAGCUUUCCCUACCGGAAAGAUCCACCAGUUGUAGUAGGCUGGGCCACAAAGCAGACGGACAACGGCUUUAUCGAACCUUCGGCUUUCGGCUCAUCAGAUAUCAUCUGCCAUAAGAGUGCCGAGCCCGCUAAGGGUUUCGCCACCGUCGCGGCAGGCGACAAGAUACUGAUCACCUGGAACACCUGGCCAGAAUCCCAUCAUGGGCCCGUGAUUGACUACCUGGCAUCCUGCGGCUCGAGCGGCUGUGCGAACGCUGACAAGACCAAGCUUGAAUUUUUCAAGAUUGACGAAGUUGGCCUCGUGUCCGGAAGCAACCCGGGGAAAUGGGGAUCAGACCAGCUCGUCGAGAACAACAACAGCUGGCUAGUUCAGAUCCCGGAUAGCAUCCCCGCCGGGGAAUACGUCCUCAGACACGAAAUUAUCGCUCUGCAUACCGCCGGACAAACAAAUGGUGCCCAGGCUUAUCCCCAGUGCGUCAACCUCCGCAUCACUGGCUCUGGGACAGACCUUCCCAAAGGUGUGCGUGGCACGGAACUCUACACCAGCGAGGAUCCCGGCAUCAAGUUCAACCUCUACACUUCGUUUAGCAGUUACGACAUCCCCGGCCCCGACCUCAUUCCUGGGGCUAAGGCGGUUGAACAAUCCUCGGGUUCGAUCACAGCGACUGCGAGCGCAACUGCGCCAACCUCGACGGCGCGAGGGGGAAAUAGCGAUGAAGGUGGAUCUGAUGACUCGGAUGAGUCGGAUCUUGACCGCAUAUUUGGGAAUGGGGGUUCGAGGACUUUGGAAGCUGUUAUUGCGUCGAUUCAGCUCGUUUUAUAA